GAGACUCAGCGCCGUCGUUCAGGCCCUUUCCGUUUGUAGCCAUCAUGUUGAAGCGACUUGUUUAAAACACAAAACAACACCGGCGAACUUAUACCUGGAAAAAGUCCCGCCAAAUAUCACCCCGGAAAUUUGCUGUCGUAACCCGGAAACUCUUACUCUCGGCUACACUGGGAUUUGUAGUUUAAGGACAAGCUUCUCCCACGCGAGGAACGCGUUGAAGGACUACAAUACCCGUGGAUCUCCGCAAAGCCCAACAUGGCUCCCUCCACUACGACAGUAGCAAGUAGAGUUUGCUAUAAAAUGAUAAAACGAACAUUGUUAUUGUAUCCAAAUACAUCGUUCAUAGCCAGGAGAUUAAGUAUACAAGCUUCCAAAAACGACCACCAUCUACAAAGUAGGGCGAAAAGUGUUCCUGUGCAGCUGGAAGCAGUGGUGGGCCUGGAGAUCCACGCCCAGAUUCACUCCAACACCAAGUUGUUCUCCAGCUCAGAAGUCCACUUCCUGUCUCCUCCAAACUCCCUGGUGUCAUUCUUUGAUGGUUCCUUGCCCGGCACGUUGCCUGUCCUGAACAGACGAUGUGUGGAGGCAGCGGUGAUGACGGGGCUGGCCCUCAACUGCAGCAUAAACAGGAAGUCCCUUUUUGACAGGAAGCACUAUUUCUACGCCGAUCUCCCGGCAGGAUACCAGAUCACGCAGCAGCGGCGGCCCAUUGCGGUGGGUGGGGUGCUGACCUACAGCCUCAUGGGCGGCAAGAAGAGGAACCAGGUGGUGAGGAAACACGUCCGCGUCAAGCAGAUCCAGCUGGAGCAGGACAGCGGCAAGAGUCUCCAUGACGACGUCCACGGCCAGACGCUCAUCGACCUCAACAGAGCUGGUGUGGCGCUGAUGGAGCUGGUGAUGGAGCCUGACAUGAAGUGCGGCGAGGAGGCGGCAGCGGCCGUCAGGGAGCUUCAGCUCAUCCUGCAAGCCCUCGGAACCUGUCAGGCCAACAUGUCAGAGGGCCAGCUGAGGGUGGACGCCAACGUGUCGGUGCACAGACCGGGCCAGCCCCUCGGUGUGAGGACGGAAGUGAAGAACAUCAACAGCCUUCGAUUCCUGGCCAAAGCCAUCGACUAUGAGAUUCAGAGACAAGUGGACGUCCUGCAGAGAGGGGGCUGCGUGCAGAACCAGACCCGAGCCUACGACUCCAAAUCCGGGACCACUGUGCCCCUAAGGGACAAGGAGGGGCUGCAGGACUACAGGUUCAUGCCAGAGCCCAACCUGCCCCCUCUGACGGUGUACGAGGAUGACGCCUCAGUGCCCCCCGGCGCCGACCAGGCGGUGGUGGUGCAGAAUUUAAGGGCGGGGCUGCCGGAGCUUCCCAGCGUGAGGAGAGACAGGCUGGUCCAAAGCUACGGCAUCCUGCCCGAGCACAGCUGGACUCUGCUGAACGAGGAUGGCCUGGUGGAGUACUUAGAGUCCGUGUUGAAGACCACCAGCAGGGAGCCCAGGAAGGUGAUUGGCUGGGUGACCAACGAGCUGCUGGCCCUCCUCAAACAACAAGACUUGAACGUGAGCCAGAGCCCGAUCUCCCCGUCCGCCCUGGCCCAGCUGCUGGAGCUCCUGGAAGCAGGGAACAUCUCGUCUUGGGUUGCCAAGCAGGUCUUCCAGGACAUGUGGAGGUCAUCUGGACAGAGGACGGCCGCACAGAUCAUCCAGGACCAGGACCUGGGCCUUGUUAGCGAUGUCGCACAGCUGCACAACAUCUGCCAGAAGGUUGUGGACACCCACCCCAGUGAGGUCCACGCCAUCAGGUCUGGGAACCAGAAGGUCCUGAACAAGCUGAUGGGACUGGUUCAAAGGGAGACCAAAGGCCGAGCAGAUCCGGUUGUGGUGCGGGAGAUUCUCCAGGAGAAGAUCUCAUCGCUGGAGGACCCCUCAGCAGGCUAGCAUGGCUUCCAUUCCCCUUCAGCGUUGCAUUUCAUCCCCACAUCUUCUCUUAGCAGAUGAACACAUGUACCUUCAAUUACGUGAGGUCUUUGAACGCAACCCCUCACUGCUCAUAACAACAUGAUUGAAAUGUUCAUGUAAUAUGUGUUGAUAAAAGUGCUAUGAGGAGAUGAUGACGUCACACGGUAUUGGACACGGCCAACAGAUUAGAUUUGUACUUCAUCAAGGACACGUUUAUUAUUGAGGGAAAGACAUCCAAGCGUGACGGAUGGAAUCCUGACAGACAUGAUUAGCGGAGCAAAGAGUGAAAGGUGAGCUGCCUUUCAAAGACGUUAUUUGGGAUCAUGCCUUGAAAAACAAACGUCCCACGCUGUGCGGUCGUCGACUUGGUAGGAGAUCAUGGCGUUGUCGCCGCAGUUACGCAUCGUCCCCGCCGCAGAGAAGCAGCAAGGCCUUGCGGUAGUCGCCGCCGGUGUCACCCUGCGACAAAGAGCACAACAUCUGCAUUGACGGACAAUUCUUGGAUGUUUUUUUGUCGGGGCGUCAGGGGGCGCUAAGCGUACGGCCUUUGAUCUUUUGGGGGCGACAGAAUUCAGGACGACUAUGAAAAAAAGGUCAGAGUCGGUGGGAAGAGGAUGUGGGAUGGACCUCAUGGACAUCCUUUCAUGGAUGGGAUCGGCAUGGAUCGUCAAAAAAGCUCCAAGUACAAUUUCACCUCAUUGAUUGAUUGAUUGGCUGAUUGAUUUGACCACUCGGCUUCCACCGCACGGUAUGGAUGUGUAUGUGUGUGUGUGUGUGUACCUUGAUCAUUGAAUGGAGGGAGCAUGCAAACAUCCUCCUGAAGUCAGCUCUGAUGUCCAACAUGUCCACCUCGCUACGAGUGGCCAUGACACGGAUCAGAGUGUCAUCAUCCGUUCCUGCACCCUGGAAAAACCAGAACAUCAGGACUUGAAGCAAUACAUGGAUCUGCUAGGUAGCUGUACACGCCACCAUCCACACGCCAUGUGAAGAAGGUACAUUUGACACUGGGAGCUCUAAGGAGGCUCCGAGUAGAGAAAGAAACGGGAGCGAGACGAAGAAGAAGCAUUCUGCUGAGAUGGGCUGGCCAAUCGGCAGAUGUCAUUUUGUCGUUUCCACUGCCGUUUGAAAGCCACGCGAGACCUGAAGCUCCAUUCUUCUACUGAAGGACAACAUGGAAAACAUCUGGAGGUGGGAUAUCCCGGUCACGGCAGUAAUGUUGGAAGCCAUCAGUACCGUGGAGAGAGAGAAGAAAACCUUCUUCCACCUUUCACUGUCCCGUGUUUGGUGCUCUCCUGCUCAUUCCUUGUUCCAAGAGAGAAUGGAGAGAUGUUGACGGUGGGAAUACCUGACACUAAAUCACAUUCAGUCCACAUUCUCACCAACAGAUCAACAGCCUGGUUCACUUGGAUGCUUCUUUUUGUCUCGCUCCCGUUUCUUCUUUUGGCCUUUUCGAGCUCUACUUAGAAGCUCCUUAGCUGCUUCCACAGGGAAGACAUAUUUGUCUGCUUUUGGUGCUGCUGCAACUCCGGAAUACAAGAUGGGACUUUUACAGAAGUUUUAAGCCAUGAAACAGCCACAAGAUGGCAGAAGUGCACGUGGUAGGAGCAUGGCAUGGAUCUUCUGCACCUCAGAACACAGUGGACGAGGAGCACGUGGAAGAGCAUGGUGGAGUGUAUAUAUAUGUAUAUAUGUAUGAAACAUGAAAGGCUGAUGGGAGCAUCCCUCGUGUAUACCAUGUAUACCGUGAUGUUACCUUCAUUGCGUGGUAGAGAGUCUCUGCAAAAUAGGCUGGGACGCUCCUGGCACACUUGACUUGAAAAGGACAAAGACAACAGUCAAGAAGAAUCGCUACGAAUGAAGCGCUCCCGGUCCAGCGUGUGCUCGAGUACCGACGGCCAGCAGCAACGCUCUGAGGCUUCCGGACGUCUCCCUCUUGAUGCUCUCCUCCAUCUCGUAGCCGGACAGCUUCAUGUACGCCUCGAACACUGCAAAGCCACAACGCAAGUUAGCCUGCACCUUCCCUUUAUGCCUCACACAUGCACACACACCUUUCCUCAGAUGCUCGGCGCUGCGGUUGCCCAGGAUGGUGACGAAGGUUUGCUCAUCAGUGCCAAACUUCUGCUCGCCGGCCUUGAAGAGGACCUGCAAGGACAGUCAUGCACAUUCAUUUCCAGUUCUGGCCAAGACGUUUGGACCUCCUCAGGCGAUGCUCACAGGAGAAGGUAUGUCAACAAGUGGGUAUCCUGUGUUGUGGUGUUUGGGACAACACACCUCAUGGUGGUGCCAGAUUGCAACUCCCAAGGUUGGAUGCCUUCAAGACAUUUCUCAUAAAGCCUCACAUGCUCGACAAAACACGCACGUGUCCUCCAUUUUCCCAAGAUUGGAAAGUCAUACUUUAUAUGUAUCCUUAAUAUGCACUUUACAUAAAUAACCAGAAGGUGGCAUCAUUUAACAAUGAAUGUUUCUUUUGACAUGAUUCAACGGCAGGCUGUGGUUCCAUCAAACAACCAGAGGGGGCGUUAGUGAGCGGCUUUAAAGGGGAACUCCACUCUUUUUGGAAUGUUGCCCAUCAUUCCCAAUCCUUAUGUGAGACAUGAAGACAUAUUUCUUUCCCUUUUCUGUGCAUUCUAACACCAGAAAAGGAGUUCAUCUGAGCUAGCUAACAAUGCUGUCAUUGGGAUGUACUUAUUUGGACUAUGAAGCCCUCUAAACAAACCUCUACCAAGGUUUUAUGCUUCCACUGAAAGUAGACUCCAAACAGGAACGAUGCUCAAUCUCCCUCUAGUGGCGCAAACAGGCAUUGCAUGUCACCGAGGGUAGCUUGCAAGCCUUUUUCACACUUGAUCAGUCUUUUUUUCAUUUUUCAAGAAUGAUAAAUACAUUGAUGAAUCAUCUCCUGGCUUUGGAGCUAAAAUGUGACCCACAGAUGCACUCCUUAAUUAGCAUUAGCAUACUUCAUCUUCUCAUCAAUGUUCUUAUUCAUGAAGGACACACCCACCUGAGCAUCAGUCUGGAUGUUUCCCUCCUGGAUCCCCGUCUGCCUGUUGGCCUGUGGACAGGAAAACCUGCGUUGGUUCCAUCUUUCCAUCACUGGAACAAACGCUGGUGGGUGGGAAGGCAUGGAAGCUGACCUGGAGCAGGAUGACCAGAAGUCUCUUGAAGUGACCUGAGGUGUCUCCUGCAACGUCCUCUUCCAGGUCGUCAUCGUACUCUGGCCAAGACAAAGGCAGCAUAAUCCUAAUCCUAAUACGUGAAAGUACUAUAAACAUGAGAAAGUGCCAACUCCUGGACUUUUUUCCCUUUAUAUGACGUUGUGAAGGAAAAACCUCCUUCCUGUGACCCGCCCCUAGCUGGACGCCCAGCACUUUGCUACUAAGCAAGCUUCACUACACAUCUGAAAGCUGUGCCAAAUACACGACUUACAGUCACUUAGACUAUACGGCAUGGUGUGUAUGCCAUCUAUUACGUGGCACAAGUGUGUGUGUGUUACCUUGCCUGUAGGCAGCCACGAUGUUCUUCACCUGUUGGGCGCUUCUGGAGGCCAGGAUCUCCACGAGCACCUUCUCGUCAGUUCCUGCCCCCUGGUGGCCAAAGAUGGCUUUGUCAGAGUUCCUACGAAGCUAAAUUGACUCUUAGCGAGUGUGCGUUUGUUUUCCUCCUCUCUAGCAAGCAAACGGGCCGGAUGAGGAGAGGAUUCCCUCUGCAUGGGUCUCAGCACCUUGGUUCUGGGGGCCUUGGUUCAACUCCCAACACUUUGUAUCAGCGUUUCAAACUGAAACGAUGGGGAUGGAUUAGGCCUCUCUGGGUAAUGGAUGAAAAGGUGCUCUACAUUCUCUACUUGACUAGGAUAGUCCCACGGACCGGUCCAAGGUUUAGGGGGCUAUGUGGGCGUGUAAACCAAACCUCAAUCUUAUCAUGAUAUCUUCUUUCCUGCUUCUGCUAGCUUCCCUUCCUACUUCCGUAUCUUUCUACUUAACAACUACUAUUCCUUCCUCUAUUCCACUGAUCUUAACAAUUCAGAAUUUCAUUCUUAGCUUUUCAUUUCUUCUCUACUAUCAUUGAUUUCCAUAUCCAUUUCAGCUUUAGCUGUAGCAUGUACAGUAUAUACCGUCUAUACUGUAUAUACGGUACAUACAGUAUAUAUAGUACAUAUAUAUACUCGGUAAAAUCUCAACUAUCUCAAUGGAAGGAAAACCUGAGGUGUCUCGCUCGGCCCCCCAACCUACCUUGACGGCGUUGCGGAGUAACGUCACAUCAUAGGCCAAGGGCGGGGUCAUCAGCGCCACGAUGAGCGUCUCGAAUUUCCCCCCCAGCUCCCCCUUGAGGUCGUGGAUCAGGUCCUGGAAUCCAGACCAAUGUGUGUUAGUUCAUCAGCGCCCCCUCCUGCCCGUCUUUGCCCCCAGCCACCUUUCCAAAGAGGGUCUUGUAGGCCGAGGAGAUCUCCUGGCGCUGGGCGUUGCUACGGGAGGUCAGCAGCUGCAGGAUGGCGUCCUCGUCGGUGCCUGUGGCGAGCACAAGUCACGAUAACAACGGGCCUGCUGAUCUUUGUAUUAUCAUCAUCAUCAUCGCUGGUCAGAGCGCACGUUUGCUCUCAGCCUGUCACGGAGCUGCUGCAAGUCACAUGACCGCUUCAGUGCUUCUUACCCAGGCCUUUCAUGGCCUUGUACAGCGUCUCAGCAUCCGUGCUGGCAUUGAAGUUGGCGCUGGCUUUGACGGUUCCUCUGCUGGCCUGCAAGCACACACAUCAUCAUCAUCAUCAUCAUCCUCCUCCGUCUGCUGGGGGGGGGCAUGACAGAACAUACCUGAGAAUAUAAUGUUAAUAAUGUUAAUGGUGUUGGUGUAAUUUGAUUUGAACAUAAAUAAGGUUCAAUUGACAGUUCCACGUGUCCAAAAGGAGUAGGAAGAAACAAAGCUUAUUAAAUCCCCCCCCCCCCCAUCUGUUACUGUUCCAUUUGAAAGAAAGGAAACACGCCCUGCCCCUGAAACUAAAUGUUCCUAUGAUUUUCCUAGGACAAUAAUGCACCGCCAACGUACACAGCAGGUAGACUUUCUAGUUUUCGAUAGCACACGUCAACAUUGGCUUUUCUAUCAACCUCCACGCCCUAACGUCUAGCUCUACCAUCUUUUCUUUGUCUCAUGGGGGACACAACCUGCUCAUCUUUGGACUCGGCCCCUGUCCUGACGUCUUCCUUCAUGUUUGUGAACCAUAUUUCACUCUUCUCAAACGUUCAGCAUUUGUGUGGUCAGAACGCAGACUACUUUCCCAAAGGUCUUGGGAUCAUCAGGAUGUUUUGGUGCCUUCAUGUUCUUUUGGUCUUGGAACGUUUUUGCCCAGCGUCCUUCUCAUGGUGGAGUCAUGAACGCUGACCUUAACCGAGUGAGGCCUGGGCUUCUUUGGAUGUUGUUGUGGGGUCUUUUGUGACCUCUUGGGGUCACCUUGGUGGGCCGGCCGCUCCUGGGAAGGUUCACCACUGGUUUGGCCAUUUGUGGAUAAUGGCUCUCACUGUGGUUGGCUGGAGUCCCAAGGCUUUUCCACACUGAUAGAUCUCAAUUCAUCUCAGUGAAAUUACAUUAGAAUGGGGGGGAAUCACAUGCAGGAUUCAUUUUUUUUCUCUCUCAAUAAUAAAAAGUUUUAUUUUAAAACUGCAUAGUCCAGGGUGUCCCCGCCUCUCGAGGAUAAGCGGCAUAGAACAAGGAUGGCUAGACAAUAAGAUGAUAAAAUAAUAUAGGUGAAAUACUUUUGUGUAUGCUAGUAGCCAAAGUACAGGCCCACCAAAUGAUGCAGAUGUGCUCCAGAUGCUUCAUGCUGGAAAUCAAUAGCACUUCCAUAAUGGCUAUUGUGUGAUGGAUGGCUAUUUGGGAGGACGUGGUUCUCGGGAAUGAUGAAAAAGGAUGAUUACAUCGGAGGGUGUGGAGCAAAUGCAAACACGGCAAAGUCAUCAAUACGCGGAAAGACAGAGCUGACGUGAUCAGGAUGGAAUGGCCGCGUUCACGCCCCCUCUCUGUCUCGGUAACCUCAUGGCCUGAUGUUUACAGAGCAGACCCACAGGAAUGUCCCUGGAAUUCUCAUGCUGCAAAUCAGACCAUCAUGUGGACGGCAGCAACAACAACAACAACCGUUUCUUUCCAAUGCCAAGAGGAAUUGCACAACAUUCAUACGCUUCCUUGUCAUAGCACUUAAGGAAUCCAAUCUAAUCAAUGUUGGCAUGCCUCCUGAGACAAAGAAAGAAUGGCAUAUUUGCCCAGGAUGCACGUCAUUCCCACCGGAAUGUUCAACUAGUCACUAUCAACUUAUCAAGCUCUCCCAAACAAAAAGUGUCCUGUUCAUUGUUAGCAGGUCAGACGACCAGGAAGGAAUCCCACAUUCCAAAUUGGCUCAUGCAAGACAAUUGGCUGGCGUUUGGGCCGAUACUCACUAAUUCUUACUCUGUCUUCCAGGGUGGAUGACCGGAGGGGUCCCUCUGCUGUCACUGCACGCUGGUGCUGCCGUGGAAUGAACGGAGAGCGAAGCCUCCUGUCGUCUCCGCCCGCUACCUUGUGCGGCAGGCAAUUAGCUUCGUGGGCCAGCAUAUGCUAACAUGAAAGCCAUUGUUGAAGACGCCGUGUUUGGUUUUAAACAGAAUGAACACGGCGAGCGCAGGAGCACUGACCACCGACACGGAGCGACGCGGACAGGUUUCCCACCUGGGGAAAAAGUGCAAAAUGGUGCGCACGCUCCUAUGAUUUAUUCAAUUAUAGAAUAAAUCCUAAAUAUUGUAUAAUGAGAAUAAAAAACUCUAAUGACAUUCAAACCUGUGAAU